AUGAUAUACAAAACAGACGCUAAGGAAUGUCUACUGAGUGCUACUUUCUCUGUUCCACAUGAAUGGUAUCAACCUGGUGACCUUCUCUUUGGUGCUAUGGUUUCUCAGAUCACUUAUGCUUUUGAUGAAGUGUUAUUCAACAAGCAUCCUUCUCAGAACCUGUUUCAGAUUCCCAGUGCAGUAACCAAGCUCUACCAACAUGUUCUGGCCUUGGCAUUUGCUGUGAAAGAGAUUAAUGAGGAUUCCAAGAUCUUGCCAAAUGUCACUUUUGGGUUCCACAUCUCUGACAGUUACUCUGAUUUAAGGAUGACAUAUCGAACUACUCUGGAUCUGCUUUUCAAAUCACUUCAAUUUGUUCCUAAUUACAAAUGUGACACACAGAAAAACCUCAUUGCUGUCAUUGGGGGACUUAGCCCUGAAACUUCUUCUCAUAUGGCUGAUAUUGUAGGUUUUUACAAGAUUCCACAGCUCACCUAUGGCUCUAUUACCCCAAAAGAAAGAGAUAAAAUGCAAACCAAUUCGUUUUAUCACAUGGUUCCAAAUGAAGCCAUUCAGUAUGCAGGCAUUGUCCAGUUAUUGCAACAGUUUGGAUGGACCUGGGUCGGGAUCCUUGCUGUUGAUAAUAACAGUGGAGAACAUUUCUUGCAGGCCAUGGAACCCCUGAUGUCCCAGAAGGGAAUCUGUCCAGCUUUCUCACAAACAAUCCCUCAACUACCUCGCUGGGAUAAAUUGCCUGAAGUUCUUGAUACACUCUCAACAAUUUCUGUAAAAUUCACAGAUGGAUAUGAUCAAGUCAACAUUUUUAUCAUCUAUGGAGAAUCUGUAACCAUUGUGUGGCUGAGAAUGAUUAUGUUCCUAAGAGAUCCUGAGAAUAAGACAUCGUUGUUUAGGAAGGUGUGGAUCACAACAAGCCAGAUGGAUUUUGUCUUAAUGGGCUUUCAGAAAGGUUGGGAUCUUCUGUGGUUCCAAGGUGCCAUAUCUUUUGCGAUUCACUCAAGAGACCUUCUAGCAUUCAGAGAAUUUCUUUUAAACAUAAAGCUUUCUCAGACCCAGGCAGAUGGCUUUCUCAAAGUCUUCUGGGAGCAAGCAUUUGACUGCUCAUUUCCUGAUCCGGGAGAGCUGGCAAUGGUUGAUGGAGAGUGCACUGGAGCAGAGAGCCUGGAGGACCUUCCUGGACCUCAGUUUGAGAUGCUCAUGACUGGCCACAGCUACAGUAUCUAUAAUGCUGUCUAUGCCAUGGCACAUGCUUUGCAGGUCAUGUUGUCAUCCAGAUCCAACCACAGAGUAAUGAUGCAGCAAGCAAUGGUGGACCUUCAAGAUAUGCAAUCCUGGCAGACUAUUCCCCGUUCUGUGUGUAAUGAGCAGUGCCACACUGGUAAGUGGAAGAAGAUGAAGGAAGGAGAGAUGUUCUGCUGCUAUGAUUGUAUUUCAUGCCCAGAAGGGAAGAUUUCAAAUGCGACAGAUAUGGCUGACUGCUUCAAAUGCCCAGAAGAUCACUAUCCAAGCAAGAACAGAGAUGGAUGCAGUCACAAAAGGAUCACAUUUCUCUCUUACAGGGAAAAUUUAGGGAUCAGUUUAGCUUCUCUUUCUGUUUUGUUGUCUGUGGUCACAGGUGUGGUGUUAGGAACGUUUGUUAAGCACAGAGAUACCCCCAUAGUCAAGGCCAACAACCGGGAUCUCACCUACAUUCUCCUCAUCUCCCUUCUCCUCUGCUUCCUCUCUCCUUUCCUGUUCCUUGGUCAGCCUCUCAAGGUGACCUGUCUUCUGCAGCAACCAACAUUUGGCAUCAUCUUCUCAGUGGCUGUUUCUUCUGUUCUGGCAAAAACCAGCAUUGUUUCUCUUGCAUUUGUGGCCACCAAGCCUGGAUCUAGAAUGAAGAAAUGGGUGGGGAAACGGCUAACUUACUCUAUUCUCAUCUUGUGCUCCUUUAUGCAAACAAAUGUUUGUGUGAUGUGGCUGGUAAACUCUCCUCCCUUCCCUGAUAUAGACCUGCACUCAGGAACUGAAGAAAUUGUCCUCCGAUGUAAUGAAGGGUCAGCUGUCCUGUUUUAUUGUGUCUUGAGCUACAUGGGCCUCUUGGCCAUCACGAGCUUCAUUGUGGCAUUCCUGGCUCGUAAAUUACCGGAUAGUUUUAAUGAAGCCAAGUUUAUUACGUUCAGCAUGUUGGUGUUCUGUAGUGUAUGGGUCUGCUUUGUUCCAGCUUACCUCAGCUCCAGGGGGAAAGACAUGGUGGCUGUGGAGAUCUUCUGCAUCCUGUCAUCUAGUACUGGCUUAUUGAGUUGUAUCUUUUUCCCUAAAUGCUACAUCAUUGUUCUAAGGCCAGAACUGAAUAGCAGGGAUCAAAUAGUUACAAGAAAUAAUUAA